GCGGACUCCGAGGGAGAAUCUGACCCUCGCGCCCUCGGGUGCCCGAGUUUCACCCCGGACGGGAGCCUCGGGAGAUGCGGCCACCCGGGUCCGGGCAGCCGCGGCGGAUCGCACAGCGGUUGGGGACAUGCUGAGGAUCGGAGCGAGGCAAAGUUGGUCCUUGGCAGCCGGCUUGGCGCAGUUCUCCCGACCGCGCGGGGAUUAGGAGGCUCCCCCGGACUGGCCAGCGGAGCCCGUCUCGGCCGGACCGGUUCCUGAGAAACAAUGGGGAGAUACUUGGCUCUGCUUCUGCUUCUGCUCCUCCUCCUCCAGCAUUUUGGGGACGGUGCUGGAAGUCAAACACUUGAACAGACUCCACCACAGUUUACACAUUUCCAGUAUAAUGUCACUGUGUAUGAAAACUCUGCAGCAAAAACCUAUGUUGGGCACCCUGUAAAGAUGGGUAUUUACCUUACAAAUCCAUCAUGGGAACUAAGGUACAAAAUUGUCUCGGGAGACAAUGAAAACCUCUUCAAAGCCGAAGAAUACAUUUUGGGAGACUUUUGCUUUCUAAGAAUAAGGACCAAAGGAGGAAAUACAGCGAUUCUCAAUCGGGAGGUGAAAGACCAUUACACAUUGAUAGUCAAAGCAGUGGAAAAAAAUACCAACGCUGAAGCACGAACAAAGGUCAGGGUACGAGUGUUGGAUACAAAUGACUUGAGGCCAUUAUUCUCACCCACCUCCUACAGCGUGUCUUUACCCGAAAACACAGCCCUCAGGACCAGUAUUGCAAGAGUCAGUGCCACAGAUGCAGAUAUAGGAACCAAUGGAGAAUUUUACUACAGUUUUAAAGACCGAACAGACAUGUUUGCCAUUCACCCCACCAGUGGUGCAAUCGUUUUAACGGGUAGGCUUGAUUACAUGGAGACCAAGCUCUACGAGAUGGAAAUUCUUGCAGUGGACCGCGGGAUGAAGUUAUAUGGUAGCAGUGGGAUCAGCAGCAUGGCCAAGCUGACGGUUCAUGUUGAGCAGGCCAAUGAGUGUGCUCCCGUGAUAACCGCAGUGACAUUAUCACCAUCAGAACUGGACAAGGACCCAACGUACGCCAUCGUGACAGUGGAUGACUGUGACCAGGGUGCCAAUGGGGAAAUCGCUUCUUUGAGCAUUGUGGCAGGUGACCCCCUCCAACAGUUUAGAACAGUGAGGUCUUCCCCAGGGAGUAAAGAGUAUAAAAUCAAGGCGGUUGGUGGCAUUGACUGGGACAGUCAUCCCUUUGGCUACAACCUGACCCUGCAGGCUAAAGAUAAAGGAAGCCCUCCCCAGUUCUCUUCUGUAAAAGUGAUCCACGUAACUUCUCCGCAGUUCAAAGCUGGGCCAGUCAAGUUUGAGAAGAGUGUUUACAGAGCCGAGAUAAGUGAAUUUGCUCCUCCCAACACUCCCGUGGUCAUGGUCAAAGCCAUCCCGCGUUACCCUCAUUUGAGGUACGCUUUCAAAAGUACGCCCGGCAAAGCGAAGUUCAGUCUGAAUCAGAACACUGGCCUCAUUUCCAUCUUGGAGCCAAUCAGAAGACAGCACGCCUCCCAUUUCGAACUCGAAGUCACGGCAAGUGACAGAAAGGUCUCCACCAAAGUCUUGGUUAAAGUUCUCAGUGCCAACAGCAACCCCCCCGAGUUCACCCAGACAGCGUACAAAGCUUCUUUCGAUGAGAAUGUUCCCAUUGGCACCACUGUCCUGAGUGUGAGUGCCCUGGACCCCGAUGAGGGUGAGAAUGGGUAUGUGACUUACAGUAUUGCCAACUUAAACCAUGUGCCAUUUGUGAUCGACCAUUUCAGUGGGGCUGUGAGUACCUCAGAGACCUUGGACUAUGAGCUGAUGCCACGGGUCUACACGCUGAGAAUCCGCGCAUCAGACUGGGGCUUGCCCUACCGCAGGGAAGUUGAAGUCCUUGCAACAGUCACGCUCAAUAACUUGAAUGACAACACACCCUUGUUUGAGAAAAUAAAUUGUGAAGGAACAAUUCCCAGGGAUCUUGGUGUGGGCGAGCAGAUCACAACGGUUUCUGCGAUUGAUGCUGAUGAGUUGCAGUUGGUCCGCUAUCAGAUCGAAGCUGGGAAUGAACUAGAAUUGUUUAGCUUGAACCCCAGCUCUGGGGUAUUGUCCUUAAAGCAGUCCCUCAUGGAUGGCUUAGGUGCAAAGGCGACCUUUCACAGCCUGAGAAUCACAGCUACAGAUGGAGAGAACUUUGCCACCCCAUUGUACAUCAACAUAACCGUGGCUGCCCCUCGCAAGCAGAUAAACUUGCACUGUGAAGAGACCGGAGUUGCCAAAAUGCUGGCAGAGAAACUCCUGCAAGCGAAUAAGUUACACAGCCAGGGAGAGGUGGAGGAUAUUUUCUUUGAUUCUCAUUCUGUCAAUGCCCAUGCGCCACAGUUUCGAAGUGCUCUUCCAACUAGUAUUGAGGUAAAGGAAAAUCACCCUGUAGGUUCCAACGUUGUUCUCAUGAACGCUACUGACCUUGACACUGGCUUCAACGGGAAAUUGGUCUAUGCUAUUUCUGGAGGAAAUGAGGAUAGUUGUUUCAUUAUUGACAUGGACACAGGAAUGCUAAAAAUUCUAUCUCCACUGGACCGUGAAACAACAGACAAGUAUACCCUGAAUAUCACAGUAUAUGACCUUGGUAUACCACAGAAGGCUGCCUGGCGUCUCCUGGAUGUCAGAGUUCUGGAUGCCAAUGAUAAUCCACCUGAGUUUUUACAGGAGAGCUACUUUGUUGAAGUGAGUGAAGACAAGGAGAUCAAUAGUGAAAUCAUCCAGAUAGAAGCCACAGAUAAAGACCUAGGUGCAAAUGGACACCUGACCUACUCUAUUCUUACAGACACAGAUAAGUUUUCAAUUGACAGUGUGACUGGGGUCGUUAGAAUUGUGUCUCCUUUGGAUCGUGAAAUACAGCAUGUGCAUUAUUUGAAGAUUGAAGCCAGGGAUCAAGCCAAAGAAGAAGCUCAGUUGUUUUCCACUGUACUUUUGAAAGUAUCAUUAGAGGACGUUAAUGACAACCCACCAAAGUUCAUUCCACCUAAUUACCGUGUGAAAGUUCGAGAGGACCUUCCAGAAGGAACCAUAAUCAUGUGGUUGGAAGCCUAUGAUCCUGAUUUAGGUCAGUCUAGUCAAGUGAGAUACAACCUCUUGGACCAUGGUGAAGGACACUUUGAUGUGGACAAGCUCAGUGGAGCAAUCAGGAUUGUACAGCAGUUGGACUUUGAGAAGAAGCAAGUGUAUAAUCUCACUGUUAGGGCCAAAGACAAAGGGAAACCCGUUUCUCUGUCUUCUACCUGCUUUGUUGAGGUCGAAGUCAUUGAUGUGAAUGAAAACUUACACCCACCAGUGUUUUCCAGCUUUGUGGAAAAAGGUGUAGUGAAAGAAGACGUCCCUAUUGGCUCAUCAGUCAUGACAGUAUCAGCUCAUGAUGAGGACACAGGAAGAGACGGGGAGAUACGCUAUUCCAUUAGAGAUGGCUCUGGUGUUGGCAUCUUCAGAAUAGAUGAAGAGACUGGUGUCAUCGAAACUUCAGACCGACUGGACCGGGAGUCUGCCUCCCACUAUUGGCUGACCGUCUAUGCAGCCGAUCAGGGGGUGGUGCCUCUUUCAUCCUUUAUCGAGAUCUACAUAGAGGUGGAAGAUGUCAAUGACAACGCACCGCAGACAUCAGAGCCUGUGUAUUAUCCAGAAGUUCUGGAGAAUUCUCCCAAAGAUGUCGCUGUGGUCCAGAUUGAGGCGUUUGAUCCCGAUUCUAGCUCGAAUGACAAACUGACAUAUAAAAUUACAAGCGGAAAUCCACAAGGCUUCUUUUCAAUCCACCCGAAAACAGGUCUCAUCACAACUACAGCAAGAAAACUCGAUCGGGAGCAACAGGAUGAGCACAUCUUAGAGGUCACUGUGACAGACAAUGGUAUCCCCCCCAAAUCGACCAUCGCAAGAGUGAUUGUGAAAAUCCUUGAUGAAAAUGAUAACAAACCUCAGUUCUUGCAAAAGUUCUACAAAAUCCGACUCCCAGAGCGAGAAAAACCAGAAAGAGAAAGAAAUGCCAAACGAGAGCCAAUCUAUCGUGUUAUCGCUGCAGACAAAGAUGAAGGUCCCAAUGCAGAGAUCUCCUACAGCAUUGAAGAAGGAAAUGAACACGGCAAGUUUUUUAUUGAGCCCAAAACUGGAGUGGUUUCAUCCAAGAAGUCUUCUGCAGCUGGAGAAUAUGAUAUUCUUUCUAUUAAGGCAGUUGACAAUGGUCGCCCCCAAAAGUCAUCAACCACUCGACUCCAUAUUGAAUGGAUCGCCAAACCUAAACCAUCCCUCGAGCCAAUUGCUUUUGAAGAAUCGUUUUUCAGCUUUACUGUAAUGGAAAGUGAUCCGGUUGCUCAUAUGAUUGGAGUCAUAUCUGUUGAGCGUCCUGGCAUACCUCUCUGGUUUGACAUCAUUGGAGACACGCUUGCUAGAGAAGUGUUUCACAUCUUUCAGAUGACUUGUGACCUGAACUGUACAGCAGAAGGUGGCAACUAUGACAGCCACUUUGAUGUAGAUAAGGGCACAGGGACCAUGAUUGUUGCCAAGCCUCUUGAUGCAGAACAGAAAUCAAGCUAUAACCUCACAGUUGAAGCUACAGAUGGAACCACCUCUAUAUUUACUCAGGUAUUUAUCAAGGUCAUAGACACGAAUGACCACCGCCCUCAAUUUUCUACAUCAAAAUAUGAAGUUGUUAUUCCUGAAGAUACUGUUCCAGAAACAGAAAUAUUGCAAAUUAGUGCUUCGGAUAAGGAUGAGAAAAACAAACUCAUCUACACUCUUCAGAGUAGUAUAGAUCCAUUGAGUCUCAAGAAAUUUCGCCUUGAUCCUGCCACAGGCUCUCUCUACACGUCUGAAAAACUUGACCAUGAAGCCAUUCACCAGCAUGUCCUCACAGUCAUGGUGCGAGAUCAGGAUGUUCCUGUGAAACGAAACUUUGCAAGGAUCGUUAUUGAUGUCAGUGACACCAAUGACCAUGCCCCGUGGUUCACAAGUUCCUCCUAUGAGGGGCGGGUUUACGAGUCAGCAGCUGUUGGCUCUGUUGUACUGCAAGUUACAGCUUUGGACAAGGACAAAGGGAAAAAUGCUGAAGUUCUUUACUCUAUCGAAUCAGGAAAUAUUGGAAAUUCUUUUACAAUUGAUCCUAUCUUCGGCUCUAUAAAAACUGCCAAAGAAUUAGAUCGAAGUAACCAAGUAGAAUAUGAUUUGAUGAUAAAAGCUACAGAUAAAGGCAAUCCACCAAUGAGUGAAAUAACUUCUGUGCACAUCUUCGUCACAGUUGCUGACAAUGCCUCCCCUAAGUUUACAUCCAAGCAAUAUUCUGUUGAAAUUAGUGAAACGAUCGGCAUUGGAAGUUUUGUGGGAAUGGUUACAGCCCAUAGUCAGUCAUCAGUAGUCUAUGAAAUAAAAGAUGGAAAUAUUGCUGAUGUUUUUGAUAUCAACCCACAUUCUGGGAGUAUCAUCACUCAGAAAGCCCUGGAUUUUGAGACUUUGCCCAUUUACACACUGACAGUACAAGGAACCAACAUGGCUGGUUUGUCCACCAACACAACUGUUCUAGUACACCUGCAGGAUGAAAACGACAACUGGCCAGUUUUUAUGCAGGUAGAAUAUACAGGACUCAUUAGUGAAUCAGCUUCAGUUAACAGUGUGGUCCUAACAGACAAGAACAUCCCCUUAGUGGUUCGGGCAACGGACGCUGAUAAAGAAUCAAAUGCUCUGCUUGUUUAUCACAUUGUUGAACCAUCCAUACACAAAUAUUUUGCUAUUGAUUCUAGCACUGGUGCUAUUCAUACAGUUCUCAGUUUGGAUUAUGAAGAAACAAGGACUUUCCACUUUACAGUACAAGUCCAUGACAUGGGAACACCACGUUUGUUUGCUGAAUAUGCAGCUAACGUGACUAUACAUGUAAUUGACAUUAAUGACUGCCCUCCAGUGUUCUCCAAGUCAUUGUAUGAAGCAUCUCUUUUGUUGCCAACCUACAGGGGAGUUAAAAUCAUCACAGUAAAUGCGACAGAUGCCGAUUCAAGAGCAUUCUCACAAUUAAUCUACUCCAUCACCGAGGGCAACAUUGGGGAGAAGUUUUUUAUGGACUACAAGACUGGAACUAUAACUGUGCAAAACACAACUCAGUUAAGAAGCCGCUAUGAGCUCACCAUAAGAGCGUCUGAUGGCAGAUUCGCAAGCUUUACCUCUGUGAAAAUUAAUGUAAAGGAAAGCAAAGAAAGUCAACUAAAGUUUACCCAGGAUUUCUACUCUGCAGUCGUGAAAGAGAACUCCACAGAAACCACAACGUUAGCGGUCAUCACGGCGAUUGGAAAUCCGAUCAAUGAACCUUUGUUCUAUCAAAUCCUCAACCCAGAUCGCAGAUUUAAAGUAAGCCGCACGUCUGGAGUUCUGUCAACCACCGGCAUACCAUUUGAUCGGGAACAGCAAGAGGCAUUCGACGUGGUGGUGGAGGUGACCCAAGAACAUAAGCCUUCAGCAGCAGCCCAUGUUGUCGUGAAGGUCACUGUAGAAGAUCAAAAUGACAAUGCGCCAGUGUUUGUCAACCUUCCUUACUAUGCUGUUGUGAAAGUGGACGCUACAGUGGGCCACAUCAUUCGCUCGGUGACCGCCGUUGACAGAGAUAGUGGCCGAAAUGGGGAAGUGCACUACUACCUGAAGGAACAUCACGAGCACUUUCAAAUCGGAUCCUCGGGUGAAAUCUCUCUGAAAAAGCCAUUUGAACCCGACACCUUAAAUAAAGAAUAUCUCGUCACGGUGGUUGCCAAAGAUGGAGGAGACCCGGCCUUUUCAGCUGAAGUCAUCGUUCCCAUCACCAUUAUGAACAGAGCCAUGCCUGUGUUCGAGAAGCCCUUCUACAGCGCAGAGAUUCCUGAGAAUAUCCAGAUGCACAGCCCCGUCGUGCAUGUGCAAGCCAACAGCCCCGAGGGGUUGAAGGUAUUCUACAGUAUCACAGACGGUGAUCCCUUCCGCCAGUUUACCAUCAACUUCAACACUGGAGUGAUCAACGUCAUCUCUCCCCUGGAUUUUGAAUAUCACCCAGCGUACAAGCUGAACAUCCGAGCAACUGAUUCCUUGACCGGUGCUCAUGCUGAAGUAUUUGUUGACAUCAUAGUAGAGGACAUCAAUGACAACCCACCCGUGUUUGUCCAGCAGGCGUAUGCCACAACCUUGUCUGAGGCAUCUAUAAUCGGAACACCCGUCCUUCAAGUCAGAGCAACAGAUGCAGAUUCAGAACCCAACCGAGGGAUUUCAUACUAUCUGUUUGGCAACCACAGCAAGAGCCAUGACCAUUUUCACAUAGAUAGCAGCACUGGUCUCAUAUCACUGGCCAGAACUUUGGAUUAUGAGCAGUUCCAGCAGCACCAGAUUUUUGUAAGGGCGGUGGAUAGUGGCAUGCCCCCGCUGAGCAGCGACACGGUUGUCACCGUGCAAAUCACGGACCUCAACGAUAACCCACCGUUAUUUGACCAACAGAUCUAUGAAGCGAGAAUCAGCGAGCAUGCCAGUCCUGGGCAUUUUGUGACGUGUGUAAAAGCCUAUGAUGCGGACAGUUCAGACAUAGACAAGUUGGAGUAUUCCAUUCUGUCUGGCAAUGACCAUAAGAAUUUUGUCAUAGACAGUGAAACGGGGAUCAUCACACUCUCAAAUCUCCGCCGGCACACUUUGAAGCCUUUUUACAGUCUGAACAUUUCUGUUUCUGAUGGAGUCUUUCGAAGUGCAGCUCAGGUUCACGUCACUGUGAUUGGAGGCAAUUUGCACAGUCCUGUUUUUCUUCAGAAUGAAUAUGAAGUUGAGCUAGCUGAGAACGCUCCUGUACACACCCUGGUCAUUGAGGUUAAAGCAACUGAUGGGGAUUCUGGUAUUUACGGUCAUAUUACGUACCAUAUUGUAAAUGACUUUGCCAAAGACAGAUUUUACACAAAUGAUAGGGGGCAGAUUCUUACUUUGGAAAAACUGGAUCGAGAAACCCCAGCAGAGAAAGUCAUCGCCGUCCGUUUAAUGGCCAAGGAUGCUGGAGGAAAAGUCGCUUUCUGCACCGUUAACGUUAUCCUUACAGAUGACAAUGAUAAUGUGCCACAAUUUCGAGCAACCAAGUAUGAAGUGAACAUCGGAUCCAGUGCUCCCAAAGGGACAUCUGUCAUUAAAGUUCUCUCGAGUGAUGCCGACGAGGGAUCCAAUGCUGAUGUCACCUACGCCAUCGAAGCAGACUCAGAAAGUGUUAAAGAGAAUCUGGAAAUUAACAAACUGUCUGGCAUAAUUACAACAAAGGAGAGCUUAAUUGGCUUAGAAAAUGAGGUCUUCACUUUCUUCGUGAGGGCUGUGGAUAACGGGUCCCCACCAAAAGAAUCUGUUGUCCCCGUGUAUGUUAAAAUCCUCCCCCCUGAGAUGCAACUUCCAAAAUUUACGGAACCAUUUUACACCUAUACCAUUUCAGAAGACAUGCCCAUUGGAACAGAAAUAGAUCUCAUCCGAGCAGAGCACAGUGGCUCUGUCCUCUACAGCCUCGUCAAAGGGAAUACUCCGGAGAGCAACAGAGAUGAGUUCUUUGUGAUUGACAGACAGAGUGGGAGGCUGAAGCUGGAGAAGCGUCUUGAUCACGAGACAACCAAGUGGUACCAGUUUUCCAUCCUUGCCAGGUGCACUCACGAAGACUCCGAAGUGGUAGCUUCUGUAGAUGUUAGUAUCCAGGUGAAGGAUGUGAAUGAUAACAGCCCUGUCUUGGAGUCGAACCCCUAUGAGGCCUAUAUUGUUGAAAACCUGCCAGGGGGAAGUAGAGUCAUCCAGGUCAGGGCAUCAGAUCUGGAUUCAGGAACCAAUGGCCAUGUUAUGUAUAGUCUAGACCAGUCACAAAGUGUAGAUAUCAUUGAAUCUUUUGCCAUCAACAUGGAAACAGGCUGGAUUACAACUCUAAAGGAGCUUGACCAUGAAGAGAGAGAUAAUUAUCAGAUACAAGUCAUUGCCUCAGAUCACGGUGAAAAGGUUCAGCUGUCUUCCACAGCCAUUGUGGACGUUACGGUCACAGAUGUCAAUGAUAGUCCCCCGCGAUUCACAGCAGAGAUUUACAAAGGGACAGUGAGUGAGGAUGACCCUCCAGGAGGUGUGAUUGCCAUCUUAAGUACCACAGAUGCAGAUUCUGAAGAGAUUAAUAGACAAGUUACAUACUGCAUAACAGGAGGAGAUCCGUUGGGGCAGUUUGGUAUUGAAAAUGUACAGAAUGAAUGGAAGGUCUAUGUGAAGAAACCACUAGAUAGGGAAAAAAGGGACAAUUAUCUUCUGACUAUCACAGCAACUGAUGGGACCUUCUCCUCCAAAGCAAUAGUUGAAGUGAAAGUUCUUGAUGCAAAUGAUAACAGUCCGGUUUGUGAAAAGACUCUGUAUUCAGAGACAAUUCGAGAAGACGCCUUUCCUGGGAAAUUGGUCAUGCAGGUGUCUGCUACCGAUGCAGACAUCCGUUCCAAUGCUGAAAUCACUUACACAUUAUUUGGUCCAGGUGCAGAAAAAUUCAAGCUAAAUCCAGACACAGGUGAACUGAAAACAUCAGCCCCCCUUGAUCGCGAGGAGCAAGCCACUUAUAAUCUUCUCAUCAAGGCCACCGACGGAGGGGGGAGGUUCUGUCAGGCUCAUGUCGUGCUGACCCUAGAAGAUGUGAACGAUAACGCCCCUGAAUUCUCUGCCGAUCCGUAUACCAUCACCGUGUUUGAAAACACAGAGCCGGGGACCCUGCUGACGAGGGUGCAAGCCUCAGAUGCGGACGAAGGACUGAAUCGCCAGAUAUCCUAUUCCAUGAUGAACUCUGCUGAUGGGCAGUUCUCCAUCAAUAAAUUAUCUGGGAUCAUUCAGUUAGAAAGACCUUUGGAUCGAGAACUACAGGCGGUUUACACCCUUACUGUCAGAGCUGUAGAUCAAGGUUCAAGGAGUCUGACGGCAACGGGCACUGUUGUUGUAUCUGUUCUGGACAUCAAUGACAACCCACCCGUGUUUGAGUACCGAGAGUAUGGUGCCACCGUGUCUGAGGACAUCCUGAUUGGAACAGAAGUUCUGCAGGUGUACGCGGCUAGUCGGGACAUCGAAGCAAACGCAGAAAUCACCUAUUCAAUAAUAAGUGGAAAUGAACAUGGGAAAUUCAGCAUAGAUUCUAAAACAGGGGCCAUUUUUGUCAUUGAGAAUCUGGAUUAUGAAACCUCUCAUGAGUAUUACCUGACUGUAGAAGCCACUGACGGAGGCACGCCUUCUUUGAGUGAUGUUGCAACCGUGAACAUCAAUGUCACAGACAUCAACGAUAAUAGCCCAGUGUUCAGCCAGGACACCUACACAGCCGUGAUCAGCGAAGAUGCAGUUCUUGAGCAGUCUGUCAUUACCGUUAUGGCUGAUGAUGCUGAUGGACCUUCGAAUAGCCACAUCCACUAUUCGAUUAUUGAUGGCAAUCAAGGAAGUCCGUUCACAAUUGACCCUGCCAGGGGAGAAGUGAAGGUGACUAGCCUUCUGGACCGAGAGACAAUUUCUGGUUACACGCUCACCGUUCAGGCUUCUGACAACGGCAGUCCCCCCAGAGUCAACACAACCACGGUCAACAUCGACGUGUCCGAUGUCAACGACAAUGCGCCCGUCUUUUCCCAGGGGAACUACAGUGUCAUUAUUCAGGAAAACAAGCCUGUAGGGUUCAGUGUGCUACAGCUGGCAGUUACAGACAAGGAUUCUUCUCAUAAUGGGCCUCCCUUCUUCUUUACGAUUGUGAGCGGAAACGACGACAGAGCAUUUGAGGUUAACCAGCAAGGCAUCCUCCUGACUUCAGCUUCCAUAAAGAGGAAAGUGAAGGAUCAUUACUUACUGCACGUUAAGGUGGCAGAUAAUGGGAAGCCUCAGUUAUCAUCUCUGACACACAUCGACAUUCGGGUAAUCGAAGAGAGCAUCUAUCCUCCUGCAAUUUUGCCUCUAGAGAUUUUCAUUUCUGCUUUUGGAGAGGAGUACUCAGGUGGCGUCAUUGGGAAGAUUCACGCAACGGAUCAGGAUGUGUAUGACACCUUAAGCUACAGUCUCGAUCCGCACAUGGACAACCUCUUCUCUGUUUCCAGCACUGGGGGGAAGCUCAUCGCCCAUAAGAAGCUCGACACCGGCCAGUACGUUCUCAACGUCAGCGUGACGGACGGGAAGUUCACCGCAACAGCGGAUAUCUCGGUGCACAUCCGACAAUUCACACAGGAGAUGUUGAACCACACACUUGCCAUCCGCUUUGCCAACCUCACGCCGGAGGAGUUUGUCGGCGACUACUGGCGCAACUUCCAGCGAGCAUUACGCAACAUCUUAGGCGUGCGAAGGAAUGACAUCCAGAUUGUGAGUCUGCAGCCCUCGGAGCCUCAUCCGCAUCUGGAUGUCCUACUUUAUAUCGAGAAACCGGGCAACUCCCCGUCCACAAAGCAACUUCUGCACAAGAUUAAUUCUUCCGUGGCCGAUAUUGAGGAAAUCAUUGGUGUGAAGAUCUUAGACGUAUUCCAGAAGCUCUGUGCAGGACUGGAUUGCCCGUGGAAGUUCUGUGACGAAAAGGUGUCUGUGGACGAGGAGGUGAUGUCCACGCACAGCACGGCCAGGCUGAGCUUCGUGACUCCCCGUCACCGUAGAACAGCCGUGUGUCUCUGCAAAGAGGGAAGUUGUCCCAUUGUCCACCACGGAUGUGAAGACAAUCCGUGUCCUGAGGGAUCUGAGUGUGUCACGGAUCCCCGAGAGGAGAGGUACACGUGUGUCUGUCCAGGGGGCACGUUUGGCCAGUGCCCAGGGAGCUCAUCUCUAACAUUUACUGGAAAUAGUUAUGUGAAGUAUCGUCUGAUGGAAAAUGAGAACAAAUUAGAGAUGCAGCUGACCAUGCGGCUCCGAACGUACUCUUCUCAUGCCGUGGUGAUGUAUGCUCGAGGGACCGACUACAGUAUCCUGGAGAUCCACAACGGAAGACUGCAGUACAAAUUUGACUGUGGAAGCGGCCCUGGGAUUGUGUCUGUUCAGAGCAUCCAGGUCAGUGAUGGUCUGUGGCACGCAGUGACUCUCGAAGUGAAUGGAAACUACGCUCGAUUAGUUCUAGACCAAGUCCACACUGCAUCAGGCACAGCUCCAGGGACUCUGAAGACCCUCAACCUGGACAACUAUGUGUAUUUUGGUGGCCACACCCACCAGCAAGGCACACGGCACGGAAGAAGUUCCCAAGUUAGUAAUGGCUUCAGAGGCUGUAUGGACUCCAUUUAUUUAAAUGGACAGGAGCUCCCUUUAAAUAACAAACCAAGAAGCUAUGCACACAUUGAAGAAUCCGUGGAUGUGUCUCCUGGGUGCUUAUUAACAGCCACAGAAGACUGCUCGAGUAACCCGUGCCAGAAUGGAGGAAUCUGUAACCCGUCACCGACUGGAGGUUAUUACUGCAAAUGCAGUGCCUUACACAUCGGGACCUACUGUGAGGUGAGCGUCAACCCCUGUGCAUCCAACCCUUGCCUUUACGGCGGGACCUGCAUGGUGGACAGCGGAGACUUCAUCUGCCAGUGUCGAGGGUUGUACACUGGCCAGAGGUGCCAGCUUAGUCCCUACUGCAAAGAUGAGCCCUGUAAAAAUGGUGGAACGUGCUUUGACAGUUUGGAUGGUGCGGUCUGUCAGUGUGACUCGGGUUUUAGGGGUGAAAGAUGCCAGAGUGACAUCGACGAGUGUGCCGGCAACCCAUGUCGCAAUGGGGCCCUCUGUGAGAACACGCAUGGGUCCUACUACUGUAACUGCAGCCAGGAGUACCGAGGGCGGCACUGCGAGGACGCUGCCCCCAACCAGUACGUGUCCACGCCCUGGAACAUCGGGCUGGCCGAAGGCAUCGGGAUCGUGGUCUUCGUAGCGGGGAUCUUCCUGCUGGUGGUGAUAUUUGUCGUCUGCCGAAAGAUGAUGGGUCGGAAGAAGAAGCCCCAGGCCGAGCCCGAAGACAAGCACCUGGGGCCCUCCACGGCCUUCUUGCAGCGGCCCUACUUCGACGCGAAGCUGAACAAGAACAUCUACUCCGACGUGCCGCCCCAGGUGCCUGUCCGCCCCAUCUCCUACACUCCAAGCAUCCCCAGUGACUCCCGGAACAACCUGGACCGCAACUCCUUCGAAGGCUCUGCCAUCCCCGAGCACCCUGAGUUCAGCACCUUUAACCCAGAGGCGGUGCACGGGCACCGGAAGGCCGUGGCCGUUUGCAGCGUGGCCCCCAACCUGCCGCCCCCGCCCCCGUCCAACUCCCCCUCCGACAGUGACUCCAUCCAGAAACCCAACUGGGACUUCGACUACGACACUAAAGUAGUGGACCUUGACCCCUGUCUCUCCAAGAAACCUCUCGAGGAGAAGCCUUCGCAUCCCUACAGUGCCCGGGAGAGCCUGUCCGAAGUGCAGUCCCUCAGUUCCUUCCAGUCGGAGUCUUGUGAUGACAACGCUUCCAUAGUGACUGUAAUACACCUUGUCAAUGCUGUAGUUGACACGGUGAAUAAAGAAGAGUCUUUGGCUGCUCCUGACCUCAGCAAAUCCAGAGGAUAUCACUGGGAUACUUCGGAUUGGAUGCCAACUGUCCCUCUGCCAGACAUCCAAGAAUUCCCCAACUACGAGGUCAUCGAUGAGCAAACCCCCCUGUACUCAGCAGACCCCAACGCCAUCGACACAGACUAUUAUCCGGGAGGCUACGACAUCGAGAGUGAUUUUCCGCCCCCGCCGGAAGAUUUCCCCGCACCGGACGAGCUGCCUCCACUGCCUCCCGAGUUCAGUGACCAGUUCGAGUCCAUCCACCCGCCCAGAGACAUGCCGGCCGCUGGGAGCUUGGGGUCUUCGGCUCGAAGCCGGCAGAGGUUGCACUUGAAUCAGUACCUGCCCAACUUCUAUCCGGUCGAUCUGUCGGACCCUCAGAAAGCAGGCACUGGGGAGGUCAGUGCUUGCCGAGAACCCUACGCCCCGUACCCGCCAGGGUACCCCAGGAACUUCGAAGCCCCCCCUGUAGAAAACAUCCCCCUGUCCAUCUACACCACCACCGCGUCCUGUUCCGACGUGUCAGCGUGCUGUGAAGUGGAGUCCGAGGUCAUGAUGAGUGACUACGAGAGCGGAGACGACGGCCACUUCGAAGAGGUGACGAUCCCGCCCCUCGAUUCCCACCAACAUACACAAGUCUGACGCUCGCGCCCCCCAAAGUGCCUGGACUCGCCCGAACCGAGAUUGCGGCCCACGGAUCGGUGCAGUUCCCAGCCGCAUCCCCGCCGCGCCUUCCCCGCCCCGGUGAGCUAAAUUGGGCCUGGCUGUCCCAUGCCCCUCGACCUGUCAGCCACCUGCAGUGUCCUAAGCUGCUGUCCUUGGAGGAGAGCCACGCUGGCUGUGCCAUUUCUCCACUCUCCGUAUUCACCCGUGUCCGUGUUCAAAUGAUGGAGUGAAGAUCAGUCCCGCCCAUCCUGUUAGCAUGAUUCAUGUAUUUAUAUAGAUUUGAUUAUUUUAAUGUUCCUGUCCUUUUUUGGUUUUUGUAAAUGUUAUGUACAGUUUUGAUUCUUUUUCAUAGUUUUUAAUUAGACAUUUGGGAUAUUUUGUGCUUUUGUUGUUGUUGUAUUUGCCCAGAUUUUGGUGGUGCUAGGGUCAUUGUCUGGCACCCAGAUUUUUUUCUCUCUCUCUCUCUCUCUCUCUCUUUUUUUUUUUUUAACUAUAACCAGGGAUUCAUUGUAUGUCCUAUUCCACUGAUCUAUGACAUUUCAUUAAUACAUUUCAGUAUAGUCGUGUUUCCAGCUGUAUAUAGGAUGAGGAAAGAUCUGAUACAUGGACAUGUCUUAAAUGGGUUUGCUGUAUUUUAGAAUUAUAAACAUUUUUCAUUAUUGGAAAGUGUAAAGGGGACCUUCUGCAUACCUAUUUAGAACCAAAACCACCAUGACACAGUUUUUAUAGUGUCUGUAUAUUUGUGAUGCGAUGGUCUUGUAAAGGUUUUUACUGAAAACUACCAUUAGCCAGUCUUUCUUACUGACAAUAAAUUAUUAAUAAAAUACUUUAGCUUUAC